AUGUCCAAUUUGGUGUCGGCCUUCAAAAAGUUCUCUUCAAAAAACAAGACAGCUCUCGAACAUGUCCUCUCCUCAGUAGUUUCCCUAUGCUAUGCUAGUCCAGAAAUGUGCCUCGAAUUUUCACAAUCUAAGGGAGGUUUAAUUAUUUUGACCAAUUUUUUGAGAGAUGAAAUUAGCAUUGCCUCUCAAAAACCAUCUUGUUUCAAUAUGGCCACAAGUUUGUUGGUCAAAUUGACCAAUAUGAGAGAAAAUAUUGAGGCAUUUAGAGAGAGUGGUUUUGUAAAACUCAUUGCUGAAUGGUUUUCCAAAUCUCCAUGUCCAAUUCCACAACCAAAUUUGGAAUCGUAUAAUGCUGCCUUAUUUAACAUGACCAAGAAUGCAGAAAAUCAAAAGAUUCUCCUCUCUCAUGCAAUUGUUCCACAACUAAUUCGAUUUGCCAAUGGAAAGGAUAAGCAAGUGAGCUCAUUCGCAGCCAAAUCCUUAUGGAACUUAUCAGCCACCGAUAUGAAAUGCAGAGAAGAUAUUCGAAAGGAGGGAAUCAAUGAUGCUACAUUGAAACAACUUGCUGGAAUACAGUAA